GAAAAGUUACUGAAAUCCUCUAAAUAUAAGAGCAUGGUCUGUUAAUUUCACACUCAAUUGCUACUGAACAUACCUUCAGAAUGUAUCGUAUAACAGUAUUUGUUUAUUUUAUUGCAACAGUUAUUUUGCAAGGUGGAGCCCGAACUAUUUCCAGACCUAAUGUCAAUAAUGUGCUACAAGAGAAUAAAACUUACAAGCUUUUUAUUGAUGAAAGGGUGAAUUGGCAUAAGGCGUACAGAUACUGUGACAAAAUGAACAUGACUCUCGCAUCUUUCGACAACGAACAAGAAUAUGAUCAACUGGUGGAGAAGAUCAAGCAGGACACUUCAUGCGCCCAUGAUGGUGGAUUCUGGACUGCCGGGUAUUUGACCCCUGAGGAUGGAGCCCGAUGGCUGAUGAACCAGAAGCCCCUAAAGUUUGCACCCUGGUUUCCUGGACAGCCAACCCCUGACAAGAGAAUCCGACUUGUGUCGCUGCGACCGGACUACCAUUAUAAAUUGUUAGCACAGUUCAUGUCAUCUCUCAACUAUAUCGCAUGUGAAAUUAAAAAUGGAUGACAAAAUUCUAA